AUUGAAAUAUAUCGAUCCAAGAGUGUGUUGUGGGACCCUACAAAUUGCGAUUAUUUUAAUAAAUUAAAAAAAGAAGAUGCGUGGGAGGAAUUAAGCGGAGAAAUAAACAAAUCGAAAGCAGCUUGUAAAAAAAAAGUAGAAUACCUCCUCGCAGGUUUGAGGAGGGAAAAAUUAAAAAUGAAAAGAAGUGUUGGCACCGGAAAGGGUAAGUACUUUUUAUUAUACAUUCAUGAAUUGAAAGUUAGAAAUAUUUGGUACUUUAUACAGUAUUACAUAUCAGAAAACAGUGCGGCUCAAUUUAACUUUCUAUCCUUAUUUUGUUUGUAGGAACACAGGAAGUAUACAAAAGCCAAUGGUUUGCAUUCGAAAGUAUGCAAUUCCUAUGGGACAAAAAUAAAUGUAAGAGAACAUUAAGUACGAUGGAAGAUGAAGUAGUAAUUGUAAGCCCAGAGGCGGUAGAGGGUGAGGUGGAAGAACAAUUACACAUUGGACAAAAUUCCGAAAUGCUUGAGGGAGAACCUGGCCCCAGUACGAGCACCCCAUUGCGCCCAACAAGAACGGUUGCCGCGAAAAGGCGGCAUACAGAUAAAGACGAUCGUUUGGAGAGGGCAUUCGAGAUUUUGGAAAGUGCGUCUGAUCCACCACCUGACGAAUCGCAACAUUUUGCGAAUUUCGUUGCAGCGAAAUUAAGAAAGCUCAACAAUUAUGACAGGGUUCAUAUUGAAGCACGCAUAAUGCAAUUAUUUUUAGAAAUUGAACCUACAUGUAUAGAUAAUAUAUAA